GGUCCUGUACACCGGCUGAGUUUGUAAUGACAGCGCAGCAUCUCGCUGUAAGCUUUCAGGGCCAGGAUAACUCAUUUCUUGCUGAAUUGAGCAACUGGAGACUUGAAAACCUGGCUGGAAGGUGGAGAGGUUCAGGAGCAGAUGGCUGUAAUGCUGAUGGCGUUCUAUAGCUGGCUGUGAUACAGUGUGUGCAUCUGAUUACCUACUGGAAACCCUUUGAAGUAUCAACAAUGAACUCGAUGUUAACAUUAUUUUUUUCUGGAAUAGUUGCCUGUUGUGCUCACUCUACUGGUGAUUCAGUAUCCAGGUUACUACUCGUGUCCUUUGAUGGCUUCAGGGCUGAUUACUUGGAAACCUAUAAACUUCCUCAUCUUCAGAAGUUCAUUGAGGAUGGUGUGCUUGUAAAACAAGUUACGAAUGCUUUUAUCACCAAGACUUUCCCAAACCAUUAUACCAUAGUGACAGGUUUAUAUGAAGAAAGCCAUGGCAUCGUGGCUAAUGACAUGUACGAUGCAGAUGCCAAGAAAAAGUUUUCACAGUUCAAUGAUUCAGAUCCCUUCUGGUGGAACGAGGCAGUUCCAAUUUGGGUAACAAAUCAACAGCAGGGAAAUGGAGCAAGUGCUGCUGCAAUGUGGCCCGGUACCGAUGUAAAAAUUAAUGAUACGACUCCUCAUUUCUUUUUGAAGUAUAACUUUUCAGUAACAUUUGAGGAGAGAGUGGAGAAAAUUGUUGCGUGGCUGAACAGCUCUAAUCCAGUAGUCAGUUUUGCUACAUUAUACUGGGAAGAACCAGAUGCAAGUGGGCACAAGUAUGGACCAGAUGACACUGUGAACAUGCGCAAAGUAUUAGAAGAAGUGGAUAAUCAUAUCGGUUUCCUUACGAAUAAAUUGAAGGCAUUAGGUUUGUGGGACACUAUUAAUAUCAUAAUAACAAGUGAUCAUGGAAUGGCCGCCUGUUCUGCAAAGAAGCUGAUUAUCCUGGAUGACUGCAUUGGUCGCAAUAACUAUACUCUGAUAGACAAGAGUCCAGUUGCUGCAGUGCUGCCAAGGCAGAACAAAAGAGACGUGUAUAACUUACUGAAAAAAUGCAGCAGUCACAUGAAAAUAUAUCUCAAAGAAGAAAUUCCAGACAGAUUUCAUUAUCGUCACAAUAAGAGAAUUCAACCCAUAAUUCUGGUUGCAGAUGAAGGCUGGACGAUUGUACAAAACGAGUCACUUCCAAAAUUAGGCGACCACGGCUAUGACAACGCUCUCCCAAGUAUGCAUCCGUUCCUGGCUGCUCGUGGGCCUGCUUUUCAUCGGGGUUACAAGCAGAGCACGAUGAACAACGUUGAUAUUUACCCAAUGAUGUGCCACAUCCUGGGCCUGACACCACAGCCGCACAACGGCACUUUCAGUAACACCAAGUGCUUGCUGGCUGACCAGUGGUGCAUAAAUCUUCCAGAAGCUAUUGGGAUAGUUAUUGGGGCUUUUAUGAUACUGACUACUUUCACCUGCAUUAUAAUAAUCUCAAAGAAUAGAGUAGCUCCCCCACGGCCAUUUUCCCGGCUUCAGUUACAAUAUGAUGAUGACGAUCCUUUAAUCGGAUAGCGUAUAGGGAGCCUCGCCUCACUUGCUAAAUAGUGGUUUCAGGAAGAGGGUUUGAACUUGCACCGGAUGGCGUUCUCUGAUGCACUUUAACAGUAUCCAUAUAAAAUACUGUACAGCCAGAUCUUGCUAACUUGUUUGUGCGUGCUACCUGACUAGUAGUCCUGUAAAAAUGGUGAACAGGUGGCUUUCUGCAGGAAGAGAUGCUUAACAUAAUAAGGAUGCUUAGUUCUUCAUUCAAGCCUUUGAACACUUUCAAAAUGAAAUUCCAGAGUAUGAACUAGCCAGGAGAGACUAAGUGAAUUUUAAUAUUUGUAAAUAAUUAGUUUUUUGUAUUAAAUUUAAAUUAAUGUUGACUUCUUUUAGUGUUCUUGUACCUGUAUUGGAAAGAAGAUCUUUUUUUAUGAGAGUUAGAAGUUAGUUCUGUUUGGACAGUAUAUUCUAAUUUGUUCUUAAAUUUGGGGAUAGAGGGUAUAGAGAAGAUCCAAUACUUCUGUUUCCACCCUAAGCCAGCAAUAUGACAAGAAACUGGUGAGAAGGAAAACGGAAGUCAGUGAGGAAAGAAUUGGUACAUACCACUUGUAUUUUGAGCAAUAAAGUAUGCUGUUCAGUGGUUAUAACACUGGGCAGAUGGCUCUGACGUUUCUAGACGUGUGUCCGUGGAUGACUUAGUUCCACAGUUCCUGCACUCGGAGAGUUGGGAUGGUACUACUUGCUUAUCUCAAGGAUGUCAAUUUAAUCUGAGAAUCCUUGGAUUACUCAGUUUAAUGGGCUGUAGUAGUAAAAUUACUGCUUCUAAACCCUGUGAAAAGUUUUUCAGGUGUAAACUUUGCUGAAGGUGUUUUUGUAAUAAAGGUGGUUCUGCCCUGUGUAGUGGCUGA